CACCUCUCAUAUACCCUCUCAUAUUUACCUGUCUCCAUCUCUGAAUCAAUCCCUGAUUCGCUCCUUCUCUUAUCCCCUCCCUCACUCCCUCCCUUCCUCCCAGUCCCCUCCCUCUCUCGCUCUCUUCCUCCCAGUCUCCUCCCUCUCUCCCUCCCUCUCCUCUUCGUCUCUCUCUGUCUCGCACAGAGAGUAGUGAUGUGUGCUCUCCCAGUGAGUAGUGAUGUGUUCUCUCUCAGUCUUGUGUGGAUUGUAGUGAUGUGUUCUCUCUCAGUCUUGUGUGGAUUGCAGUAAUGUGCUCUCUCUCAGUAAGUAGUGGUGGGUUCUCUCUCAGUAAGUAGUGAUGUGUUCUCUCAGUGAGUAGUGAUGUGUUCUCUCAGUGAGUAGUGAUGUGUUCUCUCUCAGUCUUGUGUGGAUUGUAGUGAUGUGUUCUCUGUCAGUCUUGUGUGGAUUGCAGUAAUGUGCUCUCUCUCAAACGCAGGGUUUUUGCUGUGUGGUGUGGGAGUCUCUGAUGUCCUGUUCUUUAUGGCUCUACAACUUAUCAUGCGGAGCUCAACAAACCCUUGGACACAUUGCCCAUGAAGACACAGGUGAAUCACAGCUGUGAUGAUCUCCUGGCCCAACACCACAGAGCCCGACACCGUGGGCAGCCAGAGCACCAGGGACCCCCAGAAGUCUGAGUGCGUCCUGGGGUUCAUCCCCAUCAUCUACUACAGCGCCCUCCUGUGUGUGGGAGUACCAGUGAACGUGCUGACGGCGGUGGCGUUGUGGCGGCUGGCCUCCCGCAGUAAGAAGGUGCUGUACGUGUACCUGCUGGCGCUGACGGGGGCCGACAUCCUCACGCAGCUCUUCAUCAUCUUCGUGGGCUUCCUGCUGGAGACGGCCGUGUUCCACCGGAAGGUUCCGGCGCUGCUGCUGCACUCCGUCAGCGUGCUGGAGUUCGCGGCCAAUCACGCGGCGGUGUGGACGGCGGUGCCGCUGACGGUGGACCGCUACGUGGCGCUGUGCUACCCGCUGCAGCACCGGCGCAUCAGCUACCCGGGCCGGGCGCGGCGCGUGGUGGCGGCCGUGUUCGGGCUGGCGCUGGUCUCCGGCGUGCCCUUCUUCUGGUGGACGGAUCUGUGGCGGGAGGGCGGGGCCCCCACGGCGCGAGACGGGGCGCUGAUCUGGACCCACGUCACCAUCAUCUACUUCCUGCCCUGCGCCAUCUUCCUGGUGCUCAACUCCCUCAUCGUCCUGCGGCUGAGCGGGCGGGGCUGGGGGCGGGGCGGGGGGCGGGGGCGGGGUCAGGGGGACAGCCCCGCCCCCUCGGCCCCGCGCCGGCUGGGUAAGACCACGGCCACGCUGCUGGCGGUCACCUCCUGCUUCUGCGUGCUGUGGGCCCCGCGCACGGGCGUGGUUCUGUACCACCUGCACAGGGCGUCGGUGCGCAGCGACUGGCGGGUGCACCUGGCCUACGACCUGGCCAACAUGCUGGCCAUGCUCAACACCGCCGUCAACUUCUUCCUGUACUGCUUCACCAGCCAGCCGUUCCGUGCGGCCGUGCGCGACGUGCUGCUCCUGCAGGCGCGGCCGCCCCGCCCCGGCCACGCCCCGCACCCCCAGCCCCCCCCCGGCCACGCCCACUCCUCCUCCUCGCUGUCGAGCGGGGCUAAGCGCCCGCACCCCCAAGCCUCCCCAACUCCGCCCCUCCGCCGGGCCAGUAUGACCAUGUGACCUGCCCCCAGGCCCGCCCCCUCCAGGCACUUCUGUCCCAUAACCCCGGGGUGCCUCUGUUGCCAGGGCAACACACAGACCAAUCACUCCUCAUUACUGUUCCCCUCAGGGAGCAGCUCCAAUGGGAGGGGGUGGGGGGGGUGUUAUUCUGUUUUAUUUAAAGAUUAGUAUCUAAUAUAAUUUAUUUUGUUGUUUUUGGAGACUGAGACCAGAAAAUAUGAUUUUUGUGUCUGUGCAUUCAUAUUGAUUUAUAAAGGCCAGAACUCUGCACUUUUAUUUCCGUGAACGGAGUGACCUGCCUGGAUAUUUGUGAUGCAUUAAUUAUGUGCAUGUGUGUGUGCAUGCAUAUGUACAUGUACAUACACAGAGACACACAGACAUGCAUAUGUAUGCACUCUUUACAGACUGCUCUGUUCUGCUCCAGCAGUGCUGGUACAGGCACAUGUGUGUUAUCUCUCUAAUAUGAAAUAUUAAUAAUGUGAAUGUUUCCUCAGUAUUCCACUGUUCCAUGUCAUAAAGGAGGCCCAUCCUAAGCCUAUCACCAGCCUUCACACCUGAGCUGUACCGGUAGCUCCGCCCCCUUUAUCAUUAAAGUGAUGCCUUUGAAAAUCAGUGACUUUCAGUAAAAUCUUAAAUCACCUCAUUACUUUACUCAUUAUUUUACCAGCAAACACACACCCCCUCAUUACUUUACCAGCACACACACACCCCCUCAUUACUUUACCAGCACACACACACCCCCUCAUUACUUUCAGCACACA